AGGUAGGUAGGUGCGAGGUUGUGCUGGACACAGAAAACAGACAACACAUUAAUGCACCAUGGCGCUCUCCUAUGUCAAACGGCUACAAAUGUGGGUCACGAAAGCAGUCAUGGCUUGUCUCUACGCUUUAUUCUGGCUACUUGCUCCAAAACCGAAGGCUGGCGCACCAACGAAAGUUCCUCCAGUAACAAACCCGCUGCUCAAGCUUUCUGCGACACAGCUUGCCAAGAAAAUUUGCCGGAAAGAGGUGUCAAGUGUGGAACUGGUCCAGGCUCACAUAGAACGCAUCCAGGAAGUUAACCCUUUACUCAAUGCCCUGGUGAAGGACAGAUUCUCUGCUGCUUUACUUGAGGCUGCUCAGGUGGACAGAAUGAUAGAGGAAAAGACAACAGGAGAAGAGGAGGACCUGGCUGAACAGCUGCCACUACUAGGGGUCCCCUUCUCAGUCAAGGGUUCUUUUGCUCUUCAGGGUAUGCCCCACACCAGUGGCCUGCGCUCCAGAGUAGGGGUCCUAGCGAGCACGGAUGCCCCUCCGGUGGCCUACAUGAAGAAGGCAGGUGCCAUACCUCUGGGUGUCACCAACGUCCCAGAGCUCUGCAUGUGGUUCGAGUGUCACAACCGACUACACGGCAUCACCAACAAUCCCUACCGGCUGGACAGCAUACCUGGAGGCAGCUCAGGAGGAGAGGGUAGCCUGAUAAGUGCUGGAGGAGCUGUGAUUGGGAUGGGCACUGACAUUGGCGGCAGCAUUCGUAUGCCAAGCUUCUUCAAUGGGAUCUUUGGCCACAAGACCACCUCACAAGUUGUGAGCAACGAUGGCCAGCACCCUCCCUGCUCUGGUCGGCAUGAGGACUAUGUGAGCAGUGGACCCAUGUGUCGCUACGCUGAGGACCUGCUGCCCAUGCUGAAGAUCAUGGCAGGACCCAACGCUCAACAGCUCUCUCUGUCGCAGCCGGUGGAAUUGAAUAAGCUGCGUUUUUUCAGUGUCCUACAUGACGGAGGAUCACCUUACACUUCCCCCGUGGACAAACAGCUCAUACAAGCUCAGAGACAGGUUGUAGCGCAUCUGGAGUCAGACCUUGGGGUCAAAGUUCAAGAGCUGUGUUUGCCAGAGCUCCAGAAUGCCUACAGGAUCUGGGAGGUCUACAUGGGCCUUCCUGACAAAGAUGGAAAGCCCCCACAGCCUUUUGCUGAGCUGAUGGGGGAGGGUGGACCAAGCGUGUGGCCUCCGUGGGAGCUUCUGAAAUGGAUGCUGGGACGGUCCUCUCACACUAUGGCAGCAAUACGUAUGGCCCUGCUUGAGAUGGUAUCUGGCAAACCGCCGCAGUUCAUCCUGCAGCAGAAGGAGGCGCUAGAGAGACGUCUGGAGGAGUUGCUGGGCACUGAUGGGGUGCUGCUGUACCCCCCUCAUCCCCUCCUGGGCUACAAACACCACCACCCACUCUUCAAACCAUUCAACUUCGCCUACACAGGCAUCUUCAACACCCUGGGUCUGCCCGUUACCCAGUGUCCAUUGGGGCUUAGUCGAGAGGGGCUGCCACUUGGCGUGCAGGUUAUUGCCUGGAAGCAUCAGGACCACCUGACCCUGGCCAGCGCCCUGUACCUGGAGAAGGCUUUUGGGGGCUGGAGGGACCCGGGGGCCCUGUGAAUUGAAGGGGACGCCAGCAGAUGGCCCAGUGGGACACCCACAAUCACCUUUCACCCCCUAUCUUAGUUACAACAACUCGUCCCUGUCCUAAAGCAAGCCGUACAAUCUGCUAACACACCACACGCUAUGAGUUUUAAAGGCAAUAGCACCACCCUUAACAAUGCCAACAAAAAUAAGUAUCAACGCCCUCUAUGCAGUUGAAUUUUGUGCAGCAUUAAAAUAAAAACUUGAGGGAACUCUAGAAUGAUAACUCCUUCAGCACAGAGCUGAGAUACGACUACGCCAUUAGUGAAUAUUUUGGGACAGAGCCAUGUUCUCAAGGGUGUUGGUAGGGAAAUUAGCAUUGAGGGUUUUAGGAUAUGUUUUUCAUAACUUUGCAGUAUUUUUGCCCAGACGUGUUUUGGGAAUUGUUCUUUCUUCUGCGUCUGGACACACAGAACUCAACAUCUGCACAAAAAAAUCUGUUCAAUGAAUUGUUGAUUUCAUUUUAUUCUAAAGUUUUUAGGUAUGAUUUUAUU